GCUCCUGCCUGAGUAUGUGUAUUGGUGCUAUAUUGAAUGGAUGGUCAAUGCUCUCUUUCCCUGGGACUUCUGUUCCCUUUUUCCUUUCCAGACAAGUUCUUAGGCUCCCUAAGAGUUAGUGGCAGGAAAUGCUUGUUACUAGCAUCAAAGCACUCAAAAGCUCUUAGGGCCAGACUUUUUUGGAGGCAUCUAAAAGUCCCCACCACUUUCACAACACUUCCGGACAUGUAAGUGCUGGUGUCUGCGCAUGUGCAGCCGGCUGCGCCCUGCCCAGGAACCUGCUCUUCCUUUGUCUUUCCCAUGUAACAACUGCUGCAAGAUGAAAACGCAUAGAGAAGUUUGAAAUUUUAAAAACUGGAUAGAAAAGCUACAAUUAAACACCAUAGCUCAUUUACUGCGAGAAUUAGAUGUGGAUGUUGCUAUUUGACAUUUUGAAAGGCUUCUUCCAACUUGGGAAAACUGAAGACAUGUUUCGGAGGCAGAACACAGCACAGCACUGCUCAGCAGGACCAGCCAGGUGAAUACUUUUCUGCCUUCCCCUUGUGCUUUUGGAUCAAGUUUCAGUGAAGAAGAUGCCUUCCUCGUUGUGCCAAAUCUCCAGAGUCUCCACAUCGCUGCCUGGUUUUCUCACAUUCUUCAUUACUUUUCAUAUUUGCAAGGUGGAAUCGGCCCUGUUUACAGUUGUUGGACCUGAUCAGCCAAUCACUGCUAUUGUGGGGGAGGAGAUCGUAUUGCCAUGCCGCCUGUCCCCCAGCAUGAGCGCUGCGAACAUGGAAGUGAGGUGGUUCCGACCUGGGUCUACAAAUGAUGUUCAUCUGUACCGAGAUGGGAGAGAUCAGUUUGGAGGACAGAUGCCUGAAUACGAGAGAAGGACAGAGUUUUGGAAAGACGGCAUCACAGAUGGAAAUGUUUCCUUGAGGAUUCUCAAUAUUGGGCCUUCAGAUGAAGGGCUAUACAUCUGCCUUGUUGAAGAUGAUAUUACUUAUAAAGAAGCUGUAAUAGAACUGAAGGUAGCAGCUUUAGGCUCUAAUCCUAUCAUCUCUGUGGAGGAUUACCAGAAGGGAGGGAUCCGCGUGACGUGUCAAUCAGCUGAGUGGUACCCAGAGCCCCAGGUGCUGUGGAGAAAUGGCCAGGGGCAUCAUAUAGCAUCACUUUCUGAAAUCAAAUCCCCAAAGGUGAAUGGCCUGUUUGAAACAGAAAUUUCUGUUGUCAUAAACAGACAUUCAAACCAGAACUUGUCCUGUUGGAUCAGAAACAGCCUCCUCGACCGAGAGAAGGAAUCAGCAAUUCAUAUAUCAGCUCUCUUUUUUCCCAGUAUGAAUCCCUGGGUGGUGGUGCUGAGCAUGAUCCUCGUGGUUUUGUUAAGUUUCACAAUCCUGAAUGUAUAUCUCUUCAAAAUAAAAGGAAACCUCCAACGAGAACUUGGGUGGAAAAGAGCUGUGAUCUGUCCAGGGCUGGGACAAACUGCACCAACUUUGGAAAAAGAGGAUGUGAUUGUGGAUCCAGACACGGCUUAUCACUACCUCAUCCUGUCUGAGGAUGGGAAAAAUGUGAGAUGGACAGACACACCGCUGGAUCUGCCCGACAAUCCUGAGAGAUUUGACACUGAGCGCUGUGUGCUGGGCCGUGAGGGAUUCACCUCCGGGAGACACUGGUGGGAGGUGGAGGUGGGGGAGGGGAUGUAUUGGGCCGUGGGGGUGGCCAGAGAGUCUGUGAGGAGGAAGGGACAGAUCAGCUUUAGCCCUGAGGAGGGGGUCUGUGCUGUGCUGCGCUAUUGGGGUGAGUACGAGGCUCUCACUGCCCAUCGUCGCACCCCCCUGCCCCUGCACCAGGUGCCCAGCAGGGUGGGGGUGUAUCUGGACUGCACAUUGGGGCAGGUGUCGUUUCUUGAUGCUGACACCGGGGCCCCAAUCUUCACCUGUCCACCGGCCUCCUUUGUGGGGGACAGGAUCCGGCCCUGUUUCUGGGUGCAGUUUGGUGAAAUCAAUCUGAGACAUCAUCCAUGAGAGGGAAAGGAAACGUGCAAGACGGGACCUGCUCGUUGUCCCCUCCGGCCUCAGUCGUGCUCGUGUCCGUGACCCUGGAGGACUCCUCUUGCUGCAGACGAUCAGCUGUGCCGUGUCCGUGGCCCUGGAUGCGCAGGCUGGGUUUCUUCAUCCCCCAACCAUGGCGAGCAGGACGUGGCCGAGCUGGACGGUCGUCUCUGCCCGGGUGUCAUUUCCUGCAUGACCGAGGGGCCCUCGGGGGCCUGUGGGGUCCGGCACCCACGGGUGCAGCUGGGGGGUCGGGGGAGGGGUGGCAAAGAGGAGGCACCAAAACCUGGGGCCGGUUGAGUUGGGAAAUGCAGUUGAACCUGGCCCUGGUGUUCAUUGCAGCGCUGCUUGUCCAGAGCCUCCGGUCCUAGGAAGUGGAGCUGCUGUGGCUGCUUAAAACGUGAUUUGUGCAAAUUUUUGGCCCUGUUCCCUCAUUGUAAUUAUUGCAAAAACAACUCCCGAGUGAUUUAUUCUCCUCACAAUUGCAGUCAAUAAAGGUGUUCUUGAUACAUA